UGUAAGACAUGUAAACACACAAUCUAACGUUUUGAGAAAGUGGAAUGUAUUCACAUGCAAUGCCUCUAAUUUCUCUCUCUUUCUCUCUCUCAUAUGAAUCAUCAUCAUACACCAUUGACUUUAAUUAAUGUCAUCCAAAAAAAUCAUCAUUAACAACUUGCUAUUCUUUUCAUCAUCAAGAAGAUGAACAACACAACCGAUUCAUCUGGAUUCUUUGGCUCAAAUGACAUAAGUGGUUUUGGCUAUGGCAUAGGAAUUUCCAUUGGGAUUCUCUUACUCAUCACAACAAUCACACUCACUUCUUACUUUUGUACAAGAUCACAAGUUCCAAAUGCUCCUAGAAGAAGAAACAGCAACAAUAACACCUCUGAAUUCCUAGAGCCACAACAUUCAAUAGUUGACUUGGGAUUAGAUGAAGAAACAAUCAUGAGUUAUCCAAAGAUGUUGUAUUCUGAAGUGAAGCUUAGAAAAAAUGAUUCAACAUCAACAUGUUGUUCUAUUUGUUUGGGUGAUUACAAAGGAAGUGACAUGCUUAAGGUUUUGCCAGAUUGUGAACAUUUGUUUCAUCUCAAGUGUAUAGAACCUUGGUUAAGGUUGCAUCCUACUUGUCCUCUUUGUAGAACUUCACCAAUUCCAACCCCUCUUUCAACACCUUUGGCUGAGGUUGUUCCAUUAGCUACAAGGAGAGAUUCAUCCUAGGUAGUUUCAUUUUUUGUAUGUUUUUCUUUUUCUUUUUCAAGUUGCAUCAUUUGUGGAAUUGUCCCAAAAAUUCUGUUUUAGUACUUUAUUUAUUUAUUGAUUCCAUAUUGUAAAUUCUUCGGUUUAGCCUUUGUGCCAAACAGAAUUUGUUGAAAAUUAACCAAUAUUGGUUCUUUA